AUGCCCCUAUCGAUUGAGAACUUUGAUGCUGUCCAAUCUGACGGACAACAAUGGACCUCGCUGUUCGGAUACUAUGAAGAUCUCUCUUUCCCGCUAGUAUUGCAGACAGUGUCUGGAUGGAAAUCCACCCUCGACGAGGCCGUAACACAUCUGGAAUUUCUCAGCAAGUCAGGGAAAAUCUUCGACCUCAUCCAGCAACACGGAGGAGCAGUGUUACUCCGAGGACUCCCAAUCAAGACCGCCGAGGAUUACAGUCGUAUUGCUCAUGCUUUUGGGUUUGCACCGCACGAAGAAGUCGGCCGUCCGCCAAUCCGUACCGUACUUGCUCCAAAUGUCAAAACAGCGAACGAAGGGCCGCCAGAGCUGCCGAUCUGGCCGCACAACGAGUACGGCUGGUCUACACAUAAUCCGGCGUGGUUGACCUUCGCGAGCCUUCAGGUGCCUGAAAGCGGUGGUGCAACGCCUAUAAUCUCUAGCAUCGGUCUCGCCUAUAGACUAAAGGCAGCGGCACCAGAUUUCUACCAACAACUACUAAUCAAAGGAGUACGGUACGUGUACAGAUAUGGCUGUCAGCAGGUCACCUCAACGACUGGCGCGAGCGUUUUCACAGCAUAUGGUCAGCACAUUACUGAAGGCGAUGACGAGGACACUAUACGACGAAAGAUCGAAGCCGAAGUCAAGCGACAGAGUAACCUGUCUCAAUGGCACGACGACGGUGGUCUAAGCGUAACUCACAUAGUUCCCAUCAUACGCCAACACACCUCCACAGGCCUGCCAACGUGGUUUGGCAACCUUACCUCAGCGUACGGUCGCUCUCGGCAUCAUGGCGCAACGGAACCACCCUUCCUUGGAGACGAUGGUGCAUAUCAUCCACUGCCAACGUACGGUGAUGGCUCGCCAAUUGCGACUACCGAUCUGGAGCUCGCGUUGAACCUGGCAGAAGAGAUGCAGGUCGAUAUAGAAUGGCAGGAGGGCGACGUUGUACUUCUUGACAAUUACGCUGUUAUGCACUCGAGAAAGCCAUGGGCGGGGCAGAGGGUGGUGCUUGCAGCCUUGUGGGAUCAGAGGGAUAGAAUCAAGGAUUACGGCGAAGGCAAGCGUAUAAUUGAGGGGAGGAAAGACUUCGAAAGUACAAACGGAGAUGUUCGCACAUGA